AGAUAAUCACUUUCUCACUGCCUUCUUAUCAGUACUUUAUCAGCCAACCACUAUCUUUGUAAUGAUCACUAUCACCACUACCACCACCACUACCUCCACAACAACCACAACUGGGGUUAAUUCCUCUGGUGGUGCUCGCUGCCUCUGUAAUACUGUUAAUGUUGGUGCUAUUGCCGUUGCCGGUACUGUUGUUCCUACUGCCAUUGUUGCCGGUAGCUACUGACAGUGCUACUUUCCUUUAGCUGUGACGGUGUUUGCAUUAAUCCCUUCGCAAGUGCAGCGAGCAACAUGACCUUCUGCCUGCGUCCCCGGGCGACCAGCAGCAGCAGCAGCAGCGGCGGCAGUGACACCUGUGACAGUGACGAGUGGUUCUCCGUGGCCUCAUCCUCCUCGUCCUCCUCCUCGUCCUCAGCGUCCUCGUCCUCCAAGGUCCUGCCACAAGAGAGCACCUACGGGAGCUUCGUGACACCGUCUGGAGCUGCUGGGAAGGAGGAGGAGGAAGAGGAGAAGGAACUGUCAGGGGUUCUCUCCUCCAGGCGAUGGUCAUCCUCUAAAGAUUCUACGUCAAGGAUGGCUAUGGCGGAGCAUAGUCAACAACUACUGAUGAUUAGAACUAAAAUGAGCAUUACUGUCAGCAGCAGCAGUGAGCGUGGUGGCCCCAAGCGUGGAGGAUCCCUUAAGAGGCUGCUGCAGUGGCCCCUGACCCUCCUGAGGUCCACCUCGGGAUCCAAGGAGGCAGGGACCCACUUAUACAUGGCACCCUCAUACAGUGGAGACCUGGCACAGGUGACCACUGCACUGCUGCAUGUGUUCCGUACUAACACCUUCCCUCCUGAGGGACUCCUCUGGUUCCAUGAGAAGGUGACAGGUGUGGUGAUGAGUGGUGGUGUAGACGGAGUUGUGAACAUGUGGAGGAACCAGGUAGUGCCAAGUGGCACCCGCAUGUUUUCAGUGCGGGUAGCCAGUCCCCGGGACGGUGACAGACUGCGGGCACUCACGGCAGCCUGGCACUGUCUCUACACCACAACGCUCCCCCUACUACUGGCCCUCAUGGCACCUCUCAACGAGAGUAUUGACGUGCGGGAGGAGGUGCUGACAGCGUUCAGAGACACUGUGGUUCCUUAUGCUGACCUAGUUAAUAUCAGUCACUCUCAACCAAGAACCAUCACCAAGCAUGGCUGGACACUCACCCAGAUGCUGCUGCUCCUGGCGAGUGUGGGAGGGUGUAGGUGUGGGGUGUGGAGUGUUGACACAGUAGCAGCCGGGAGCACCACCACCAGCACCACCAGCACCACCACCAGCACCACCAGCACCACCACAACCACCACCAGCACCACCACAACCACCACCAGGAACCACCAUCACAACAAUAUCCCUGAGGAACUUACCAGCAACAAUAAAGAUAUCGUAAAUGACGUGUUGUGGAUACUGUUGGCUGCCGAGGUGCAGAACUUGAAGUUGUCAGUACCAGUGUUCACACAGCUGUUACACCUGCACCACGGAGGACAUCACCACCCCAGACACAAGCACCUGCAUCACUGCCCACAACAUCAUACACUUCCAAGAUAUAAGCGCCAUUGACAACUCAGUCAUCGUUAACGUCAUCACCAUUGACUCAGCUGCUCCAGCGUCAUUUCAUUCCAACGACGUUUUGAGUAAGUUCCUUUGUUCAUAUUAAUUUAAAGAAAGGAAACAUUAGGAUUAGACCAGAAUAUGA